CCACGAAGACGAAGCCCGCCCAAUUAGAGUGCCACAAAUCUCGUUUGUAUGUGCACGAGAGACAUUGCAAGUGUGCCGUGCAAAUGCAACGCGAGCUCUUCUGCACUUAAUUUGCUGAAGAUUCGGGGUUUAAAAAUAAAUUCACGAGAGUCAGUUUGUUGCCAGCUAUCUAAACAUCCACUUGCACUCUUCCCAUUUGCCAUUUUCAUCAGCCCUUUUCGCAGUCGAUCUUAGGAGAAAAAAACCCCCCCUGGAGGGAGAGUUUUCGCUGUGCCACGAAUUGUGAUGUCGUGAAUUAAGACAAUAUUGUUCUAACAUAAAUUAUGGGAGUGAAUCAAUUACAUCUCUCAAGUGUCUCACUGUGAACCCAGCGGAGCGCCCAUAAAAUUCCACCUCCAUCUAUGGAUACAGUGAGGAUUUUCUGCUUUUUAGUGGCAUCAUUCCACAUUCUCAGCACACACACUCUUGGGAGUAAGAUAAGAAUUGGCGGGCUGUUUGACACCGACCAGGAAGAUGUGCGACUCGCCUUUGGCUAUGCCGUGAACAUUGCCAACACGGAAAUCCUCGAUCCUGCCAAUGGAUUCCAACUGGAGGCGCUGCAAGUGGAAGUUCCCUUCGGCAAUGAGUUCUUGGUGUCGAAGAAGCUCUGUCGCCUGCUCAAGAGUGGCGUUGCUGCCAUAAUUGGCCCCCAAUCUCCCGUCUCGGCGGUGCACGUCCAGAGUAUCUGCGAUGCCAAGGAAAUGCCCCACAUUGAGACGCGCUGGGAACCCGUGGCCACCGCCGGAAUGCCCUCGCUCAACAUCCAUCCGCACGCCCAGACGCUCAGCCGCGUCUUCGUGGAUUUGGUGCGCGCUUUCGACUGGAAAUCAUUCACAAUUGUCUACGAAAAUGCGCCAUAUCUCGUCGCUCUCGCGGACCUCCUGAAGCUGUACGAUCCCAAAGGACACACCGUCACUGUCCGACAACUCGACUUGGGCCUUCAGGAUAACUAUCGAGCCGUCUUGCGGCGUGUUAAGUUGUCAGAGGAGAAGAAUAUCGUUCUGCACUGCUCCGUUGACAUUCUCCCUGAAGUGCUGAAGCAAGCGCAGCAAGUGGGAAUAAUGUCUGAGAAUCAUCAGUACAUCAUCACAUCAAUGGAUCUGCACACAAUCGAUCUCGAGCCUUAUCAGUACAGCGACACGAACAUCACGGGGAUUCGAUUGAUUGAUCCUGAAGACCAGAGAUUGCUGCAAGUGACGGAUUUCUGGAAGAAUCUCCACGAAGAGGAGAAUCUCGAGCUUCCGGACUCCAUGAUGCCGGCGAAUAUCAAGACAGAAGUCGCUCUGACCUUCGACAGUGUUCUCCUCUUCGCUGACGCCUUCAAUCAGCUGCACGGAACCAAGCAACUCAAGCCAGUCUCGCUCAACUGUGACGACGGAGACACCUGGAUCAACGGAUACAGCAUUGUGAACUACAUGAAGACGUCUAACACCAGAGGACUCACCAGGAACAUCAAAUUCGACCACAAAGGCCACAGAACGGACUUUCUUCUCGACAUUGUGGAAUUGGGAGCUGCUGGAUUGGAGAAAGUCGCUGUCUGGAACUCCUCCGAAGGACUUCAGCCGGCUAGAGCGACUCCUGCCGGUGACGGCGGCAUGGAAGAUGGUUUACUGAAGAACAAGACAUUCAUCGUGAUCACCGCUCUGAGUCCACCAUAUGGAAUGCUGAGACUAACACCCAACACACUAACUGGCAAUGAGAGAUUCGAAGGCUUUGGCAUCGAUUUGAUUCAUGAACUCUCACUCAUGCUCGGCUUCAACUACACUUUCACACUGCAAGAGGACGGAGUUUACGGAACCAUGGAUGAGAAUGGCAACUGGAAUGGAAUGAUGAAGGAAUUGAUGGAUUACAGAGCUGAUCUCGCUAUCACAGAUCUCACAAUAACAGCUGAACGCGAGAGUGCCGUUGACUUCACCAUGCCAUUCAUGAAUCUCGGCAUUUCCAUCCUGUACAAGAAGCCCACGAAGCUCGCGCCGUCGCUCUUCUCCUUCAUGAGUCCCUUCAGCGCCGAGGUGUGGAUCUACCUUGGCUUCGGCUACAUGGGAGUGUCAAUUUGUCUGUUCAUCCUGGGCAGAAUAUCGCCUGGUGAGUGGGACAAUCCCUAUCCGUGCAUCGAGGAGCCGGAAUUCCUCGAGACUCAGUUCACCUUCCGCAACGCCAUGUGGUUCUGCAUCGGAGCUCUGCUGCAACAGGGCACGGAAUUGGCGCCAAAAACCCCAUCAACGCGCGCAAUUGUGUCAAUCUGGUGGUUCUUCACCCUCAUCAUGGUGUCGUCGUACACGGCAAAUCUCGCCGCCUUCCUCACCGUCGAAUCCCUCUCGCCCACCAUCGGCAGUGCUGAGGAUUUGGCAGGAGCCAAUGGGGCGAUUAAGUACGGCGCCAAGAGGGGCGGCAGCACUUUCAACUUCUUCAAGGAUGCCGAGUACGAGACGUACCAGAAGAUGUACGAAUACAUGAACGACAAUCCAGACAUGCUGACAUCGUCUAAUCCAGAGGGAUUGUCACGCGUCAAAAACGAGAAUUACGCCUUCCUCAUGGAAUCCACCUCAAUUGAGUACAUCACGGAGCGGGAUUGCGACGUCACAAUGGUGAAUGGUUUGCUGGAUGACAAGGGAUACGGGAUUGCCAUGAGAAAGAACUCUCCGUAUCGCAACACGCUGAGCGCAGCUGUUCUGCAACUGCAAGAAUCGGGAAAACUGGCGCUGUUCAAGAUAAAGUGGUGGAAGGAGAAACACGGCGGAGGAGCUUGUGCGACCGUCGGCGGUGAUAGUGCCGCCGUUGCAUUGGGAAUAGCAAAUGUGGGUGGUGUGUUUUUGCUCCUCUUCAUCGGCUUAACGGCAGCUGUUGUCAUCAGUCUGUUGGAAUUCCUUUUCGAUAUCAAAGCACGCGCCAAAGAGCUCAAGGUGUCUUUUCGCGAGGAAUUCAUCGAGGAGAUGAAAUUUGUGGGCAAGUGUCACGGAAACACGAAAAUAGUUCGUCAUCGGAAGAGUUCAUCAUCGAAUUCCAAGUUGUCAGCGUCCACAGACCACAUUGAGCGCGGAUCUACACGCUCACGCUCCACUGAUGGCAAGAAUUCGUCCAGAAAUAUCGCCAAUGUGCCGGAUAUGAUCGUGACAGCGGCCAAUGGACAUCCAUGGUUUAUGGUGAAAAUAAUGAAUGGGCUUCUAAGUGUUUUCUUAUUGAAUUAUCUCCUCAUCUUUGCCCUCGCAUACGAACCGACCGUGAAACUUGGUGCAAUCUUCGAGGGACCCGCGGACGAUGCCGAGCUGGCGUUCACGUACGCCGUGGAAACGGCCAAUAACGAGAUUCUUGCACCCACAAACAGUCGACAAUUGGAAGCCGUUCCAAUUCGCGUGUUCGACAGCAAUGAAUUUAUGGUCUCCAAGAAAGUCUGUCGAACACUUCGUACGGGAAUUGCUGGAAUUAUUGGUCCACAAUCGCCACAUUCAUCGGUUCACGUCCACAGUAUCUGCGACGCCAAGGAGAUGCCCCACAUUCAGGCACGUUGGGAUCCCAUCGCCAGCACCCCGUUCGCCCUCAACAUCCACCCAGAUCCUCACACGCUCGCCCGCGUCUUCGUCGACAUGGUGCGGGCAUGGGAGUGGAAGGAAUUCACAAUACUCUACGAGAAUGCGGCCCAUUUGCCACGAUUGUCAGACCUGCUGAAGAUGUACGACCCCAAAGGUUACACCAUCACCGUGAGACAGUUGGACUUGGGAUUGCAGAAUAACAAUUACCGCUCUGUGCUGCGAAGGGUGAAAUUGGCCAGAGACAUCCACAUUGUGCUGGACUGCUCGGUGGAGGUUCUGCCCGAGGUGCUGAAGCAGGCCCAACAGGUGGGCCUCAUGACGGACUACCACCAGUUCAUCAUCACCAAUCUGGACCUGCACACGCUCGACCUGGAGCCGUAUCAGUACAGCGGCACCAACAUCACCGGCAUUCGCCUCUACGACCCCGAAGAUCUGCGCGUGCAGCAAAUCACACAAUACUGGCAGCAUCAGCACCGAAUCCAGGGCCAGGAGAUGAGCGGGGGACUCCAGGCGCACAAUUUGAGCACCGAAACUGUCCUGGUCUUUGACAGUGUCAUUAUAUAUGCCGAGGCCCUCAAGCAAUUAAAGGGCAGUCGACAAUUGCGACCAACUCAACUCAAUUGCGACGACAACCUGACGUGGAGCAGCGGAUCCAGCAUUAUGAACUUCAUUAAAACGAGUCACGCCCGAGGACUUAGUCGUGAUAUUCACUUCGACAACAAAGGACUCAGAAGUGAUUUCCUCCUCGAUGUCGUUGAACUGGGUCCGGCGGGAUUGCACAAGAUUGGCAUGUGGAACUCCACGGAGGGCCUCAAUUUGACGAGACACUAUCAAAUACUGACAGCAGACAGCGAUGAGAAUCCACUGCGAAAUAAGACUUUUAUCGUCUUAACUGCUCUGAGUCCGCCGUACGGAAUGCUGACGGAAUCCGCUCAUAAAUUGUCGGGCAACGCUAGAUUCGAAGGCUUUGGCAUUGAUUUGAUUCAUGAGCUCUCACUCAUGCUCGGCUUCAACUACACUUUCACCUUGCAAGAGGACGGAGUUUAUGGCACGAGUGACGAGAACGGCGAGUGGAAUGGAAUGAUUAAGGAGCUGCUGGAGUUCAGAGCAGAUUUGGCCAUCACAGACUUGACUAUCAACUCAGAUCGCGAGAGUGCCGUUGACUUCACCAUGCCAUUCAUGAAUCUCGGCAUCUCCAUCCUGUACAAGAAGCCCACGAAGGAGCCGCCGUCGCUCUUCUCCUUCAUGAGUCCCUUCAGCAAGGAAGUGUGGGGAUAUCUGGGAAUGGCUUAUCUGGGCGUCUCUCUCUGCCUCUUCAUCCUGGGCAGAAUAUCCCCUGGUGAGUGGGACAAUCCCUUUCCCUGCAUCGAAGAGCCUCGCGUCCUGGUCAAUCAGCUGCACUUCGGAAACUGCCUGUGGGGCACGAUUGGCGUUCUGCUGCAGCAGGGAAGCGACGUGGCGCCCAAAGCUCCAUCUGCACGCGCCGUUGCCUCCAUUUGGUCCUUCUUCACAUUAAUCAUGGUGUCCUCGUACACAGCCAAUUUGGCCGCCUUCCUCACAGUCGAAUCCGUCCAUUCGCCCAUCAACAAUGCCGAGGAUCUGGCCAACAUGAAGGGUGCCAUCAGAUACGGCGCCAAGAGGAGCGGCACGACAUUGACCUUCUUCAGGGAUGCCGAGUAUCCGAUAUACCAGGAGAUGUACAAAUACAUGUCAGAUCACCCAGAAAUGCUGACAGCAUCGAAUCCCGAGGGAUUGGCGCGCGUCAAGUCAGAGAAUUACGCCUUCCUCAUGGAAUCCACCUCAAUUGAGUACAUCACGGAGCGCGAGUGCAAUGUGGCCAAGAUCGGAGGACUGCUGGACGACAAAGGAUACGGAAUAGCAAUGCGGAAAAAUUCCGCGUACCGAAGCGCCCUGAGCGAAGCUGUUCUUCAGCUGCAAGAGACGGGAAGACUCAGUGCUCUCAAGACAAAGUGGUGGGAAGAGAAACGCGGCGGAGGCGCUUGUGGUACCGAUAAAUCCAAUGAUGGCGCUGAGCGUCUGGACAUGGCCAAUGUCGGCGGAGUGUUCGCGGUUCUGGUCUGCGGAGGCGCCUUUGGCAUUUUCUUCGGCUGCUGCGAGUGGCUGUAUGUGAUCAGGAAGCGAGCGAACCGGAAGAAAGUAUCGCUGAAGACGGAGUUCCUGUCGGAGUUCAAAUUCGUCGCCGCCUGCCAGAGCAACGUUCGCAUCCUGAGAGAUCGAAGUGACGAGAUAGACUCUCAGCACUCUGCCAUGUCAGAAGCCUCCACAAAGUCCCGAAUAAGUCCUUCUUAACUCUCUCUGCGCCACAAAUAUUACUUAUUCAAAGCGAUCCACCCACAAAUAUAGCCAAAAGAGCCAAAAAGUGAAGACAAAGAGUGGAAAAAAGGCAAACUCGUGCAAGACUUUCCCUUUUAUUUCCCUCUAAAGUACUUUUUUAUUCACUACCCCCAAAACCAUGAGAAGAAAUCCACGUCGACUGGCAGACAUAACAUGAAAAAUUGCGAAAAUUCAAUGAUAUACUGCACUCAACUUUACAACUUUAUCAACUUCAAAAUAAAUCACACAAUUUUUGCCAAAACCACACAUAUGGGGGAGAAGGAGAGACUGAAGGGCGCAAAAAUGUUGGGCAAUUGACGUAAGGGAGGAGAGAAUAAAGUAAAUAUUUG